AGUGAGGGUCGGUUACCAACAACACUGUAGGACGGAGGCUGCCGAAACACCGGGGAUGGACAAUGCUAUAUAAAGGUCUCCGGAGGAGUCUACACAGCCACAGAGCGUGGUGACUGUUGAUUGAUGAUGGCUUUCUUUCAGAACAACUUCUGGGGGGAGAAGAAUGCCGGCUUUGAUGUGCUCUACCACAACAUGAAGCACGGCCAGCUGGCAACCAAGGAACUCGCAGAGUUUGUCCGUGAGAGAGCUGCCAUCGAGGAAACCUACUCCAAAUCCAUGGGCAAACUGGCUAAGAUGGCCAGCAAUGGAAGCCCACAAGGGACGUUUGCACCAAUGUGGGACGUGUUUAGGGUCUCUUCGGACAAACUGGCUCUAUGCCAUCUUGAGCUCAUGAGAAAGAUGAAUGAUUUAAUUCGAGACAUCAAUAAGUACGGUGAUGAGCAGGUCAAAAUUCACCGCAAGACAAAAGAGGACAUGGCAGGGACAGUAGAGUCUGUGCAGGCGCUGCAAGUUCAGAGUGGCCACCUUCAAAAGUCCAAAGAGGGUUACCAUGCGAAAUGUUUGGAGCUGGAGCGGCUUAGGAAGGAGGGAGCUCCACAGAAAGAGCAGGAAAAAGCGGAGCUGAAGUCUAAGAAAGCGGCAGAAUCGUUUGCACUGUACAUCGAGAAGCACAAUCGAGUGGGAGGAGAAUUUGAACAGAAGAUGAAUGAGUCUACUCAGAGGUUUCAGGAAAUUGAGGAAACCCACUUGCGACAGAUGAAACAGUUAAUUAAAGGUUAUUCCCACUCCAUAGAAGAUACCCAUGUACAAGUUGGACAGGUCCAAGAGGAAUUCAAGCAAAAUGUAGAAAAUAUUGGCAUCAAUAACCUCAUCCAGAAAUUUGUAGAGCUUAAGGGCACUGGCAAGGAGAGGCCAGCUGUAGUUGGUUUUGAGGAGUACAUGACAGCUCUAGCACCCGAGGGGGGGAAGAAAAGUCGGGCAAAAGCCUUCAGGAUCCCUGGACUGGGCAAGAGGGACAAGGAGCCAGACUCCACGGAUUCCGCUGUGACAGAGAUACCGAAUUCACCCUUUGAUGUUGACGAUGAAGGAUUUGUCAUCCGAGUUGACGGCACUCAGAAUGGCUGCUCAAAAGAGAAGGAGAACAACUUCUACUCCAGUGACUCAGACUUUGAUGAUGAGGAGCCCAAGAAAUUCCAAAUCCAGAUCAGACCAGUGGCAAAUAGCAACCGCAGCAGUGCUGCUGCCUGUGAGAAGCAACUGAAAGCCACCGUGGGGAGUCUCACCCUGCCACCCAACAGAGGGGUAAAUGUCAAAAGGCAUCUUUCCAGAAACUCGAGUACAGCUGGACAUACAGAAGAUGAAGGAGCCUCUCCGAGAGAUGGUGACCAGGAGGGGCUGCGCAGGUCAACCUCCAGUCCUGAUCACAGCAGGUUGAGUUCCACUGCAUCCGGUACUGACAGUCUGUUUGGACCUCCGCUUGAAACAGCCUUCAAAUUCAAAAGCUUUGGUGGUCGGGAACAACUCCAAGAAAAAAGUUCUGUUGGUGCCUCUGAAUAUGCUGCCUUUUCAUCAGAAUCGUCCUCACCGGAGAACAUAGAGGACUCUGGUCUCGACUCACCAUCGCUUCAACCACUUGGACCCUCCCCUGAGCCGGUGGGCUGGGCGGCGUGGCCCCCUGUUUCACAUAGCAAAGAACAAACACGAGGGCGACCUGCUGACCCUUUCCUCUCAGUCUUCCAUGACCCCUCCCCUGCUCAAAGUCCUCAUCCACAGGAUGACCCUCUGACCGCCUGGUCCAUUGGCCCAUCCCGUUCCUCUAGACUCCCUUCAGAUAUGGACUCCUCCUCCAUGCGUUUCCCUCCUUUUCAGCAGUCCUUCCCCUCGUUGGAAAUUGAGUCAGCGGUGUGGAACUGCAGACAUCCCCCCGAGGAUCCCUUCUUUGCUCCUUUUGACAAGAAUGUCUCAAAGGAGACCUUAAACCUAGCUGACGUCUGGCCACGCCAGCCUCCACGCCCAACUCAGGAAGGACGAGGGACUGAGGUGCGAGGGGACCCGUUCUCCAUCCCUGUUGUCGCUGAUACCAAGACGCUCCCGCCCCCUUCUUCCUCCUCUUCCUCAUCCACCUCAUCUAACCGUACAAACCGAGACAGAAAACGAGACCGAAGCCUACCGCCGCCUGUUUCUUCUGAUGACCCGUUUGCAAUCACCAUGAUUGGCAGCCCCACCCACCAGUCAUCACUGGCUGCAAAAGGAGGAAUAAUCCCACAUAGCAGUGGUAGCAUGACCAACAGCAAUAGGCUUGUGUUUGAUCCCAGCCAAGGAUCUUUUGCCCAAUCCCAGCCCAAGAAGGAAGUCGUGCAUUGGAAUUCUUUUCAUAACCCAUUUAGCGAAGGCUCCUCUGGACAGGCAGGAGAGCCGAGCAGUUCCAAACCAAGUGAAGGAGGAGUAGGUCAGGGAGAUUUUGCUGGAGAGAGGAGAAAACAUCGAUCAUCAGAGAGCGAACCUCGCCGAAACGCUCCUCCCCUCACGAGACAUUCUGGCCCACAGGAGGAUCUUUGUUUCUCCACAGACAAAGACCAAGACUGUCUGGACAUCAACACUCCGCUACCUUGCAGUAUUAUCUCUCACAAAGCUACCAAACACAACUUCAGACACGAGUCAGCUGAGGUGGUCACAGCAGCUCUUUCCAAGGUGAACAGGACCAAGAGGAACACAGCUCGACUCAGCUGCACUGACCGAUCACGGUCGCUGUGCUCUUCGCCUUUGCCGGAGCCCAGCCCUUCCCUCACCUCCUCAUCUUCCUCCAGUCCCAGUGAGUGGGGGCCUCAAGCCAGGGACGUUGAAUGGGGAGGACAGAACCGAGCCCCCAGCCCUGCCAGGGUGGGACAACCCUCGCCUCUGCCCUACCCGCUCCAGGACCACCCAACAAGACAAAUGCACCUCUCCCGAGGCCCCAGUCCUAUUUCCCUCAGCGCUCAGGAGGCUUGGCCUGUGGCAGCGGCCAUCACGGAGUACAUCAACGCUUACUUCAAGGGUGGACAACUCAAUCAGUGUCUUGUGAAGAUCACAGGUGACCUGACCAUGUCCUUCCCAGCAGGCAUCACCCGCAUUUUCACAGCAAACCCCAACGUCCCUGUGCUCAGCUUCCGACUGGUCAACAUUUCCAGAAUAGACCACUUCUUACCAAAUCAGAAGCUUCUCUUCAGUGAUCCGUCUCAGAGUGACCCGGACGCCCGAGACUUCUGGUUCAACAUGCAGGCCCUGCAGGUCUACUUGCAGCGGGAAGCUGAACUCAACCCCAAGGCCUCUUACUACAACAUUGGAUUGCUCAAAUAUCAGGUCUCUUCUCAGGAUCCAGCCCGGGCUCCUCUUCUGCUGUCGGCGGAAUGCCAGCGCAGUGGCACAGUGACCCGGGUGUCUCUCGACUACCAUUGUUGUCCCGUCACCGCGCCGUCCACUCAGCUCACCGCUGUCCAGGUGCUGCUGCAGUUGGACCACACUGCGGCCGACCUGCAGUGUCAGCCGCCUGCCUCCUGGAACGCCGAGGAAAGACGUCUGCUGUGGAAGCUCGGCAACCUCUCGCCCACCAACCACAGCAAAGGCUCGGGGACCCUGUGUGCCAGCUGGCAGUGUUUGGAGGUCCCCCACGGCCCCCCGCCCAACCUAGCUGUUCAGUUCGUGGGCUCCGGGGCUUCGCUGUCGGGCAUGGACGUGGAGCUGGUCGGCAGCCGCUUCCGCAUGUCGCUGAUCAAGAAGAGAUUCGCCACAGGAAAGUACAUGGCAGGCUGCACCCUGUGAACACCGUGACAGUGUGGCUCUGAGAAGUUUUCCACCGUGGACGUCGAGGCGCAUUCACCGGUCAUCGUUGAAGGACCACAAGCACUUAGUUGUGACAGUGUAUUUACUGCUACGUUAAGACCAAGCCUCGUUUUCAAUUGUGCGUUGUCUCCUCUUUUCCUGGAGGAAAGUUCGUCAUCUUUGUACCACUGGACUGCAAACUAAGCUAAACGUCAAAGCUGACUCGCUAUACAAGGAACCAAGUAAUAAAUAAG